AUGGCGGGGAAUCUACUCCUCCGGUCGCUCAGCUUGCUUGUCGCUGGUAUUGCCAUUGGCUGGGCUUUCGUCUCGUUCAAUUUAUCACCAUUGGACUGGCUGCGUACGAGAUAUGAGAUCAACGCCGAGACACCACGUCCAACAACCUACAUUCUUUCCGAGGAUCCGGUUGUGGUCUACGUGAAGGACUUUAUCAGCACACAGGAAGCAACUCACCUGGUGCAACUGGCAAACGGUCGGUUCGCUCCAUCGCCCAUGUGGGAUAACGAAGGGAAACCGCACAUCGACAAAGCAUACCGCCUCUCGAUGACAGCGAAACUAGACCGAAGCGACGAAACCAUUAAAAGAAUCGAAGAACGCGCAACCUCCUUUCCCUUCUACAAACGCUUCGGCGAUUUUUUGCCCAUUGUGGUACAAAACUAUGGUAUCUCUGGGCAGUACCGCGACCACUACGACUGGUUCGACGAUGCGCACGCCGUCGGGGGGAAUAUCGCUUCUACAUUCUUCGUUUAUAUACACGCGAACUGCACAGGUGGGGGGACCAAUUUUGCACGACUUACUCCGCCGGAUGAUGAGAGUUGGUGUGAAUUUAUUGACUGCGACCGACCGUUCGACGAAGGGGUUACAUUCAAACCAAUCCUGGGAAAUGCUAUAUACUGGGAGAAUCUUCACGACGAUGAUGCGGGACAUAAAAUGACUCUUCACGCUGGAAUGCCGGUGACGACUGGUAAUAAGAUGGGGAUGAAUAUAUGGACUUGGAAGGUUGCCUAA